AUGCGAGGCGAAGGGCUCAACGGCUCCGAUACCUUACGUUGUGGCCUUCUUUAUCUUGUAAUGAUUCUCGAGGACGGCUUUCUGACUUCUGCACUUGAGGACUCUGUGUUAGUGAUCCCAACUAUUGCAGUUGGAAAUUUACCUCAAUUGUCGACUGAUCUACUACUACACACAUUCAAUUUUCAAAAAGUGGCCACUCUUAAUGAUGAGUUUCUCUUUCCAUUUGCAUCUCCUGUCGACCAUUCUAUCAUGAAGCAACAGCCAGCCGGCAUUUCGUUUGCAAUUGAAGUAUAUUACAGCAUCGACCAUCAUGUCACCUUGGUUCAACAAAGAUCGCCAAUCAUUCCUGGUUUCGUCGAGAGUCAUGUUAAAGAAGUCAUCGUCCAGUUCGUCAAAGCCGCCAAUCCUCAGCAUGUCUUAAUUUUGGAUUCAUCCGAUAGUGCUUUGGUAGAAGGAAUGCCUCAAGGCAACGUGCAAGUACACACGAGUGAGGAUCUUUUACGUGAGUCGUUUCUGUCACUUUUGAUUGACAAGGAUUCUGCAAGAGUGUUCUCUGAUGCUGAAAGUCGUUUCUCUGAGCAGACAAGGGCCCUUGAGAAGCUUCUCAAACCAUAUGCUAAUAUCGUUGUCUUGGAGUCAUUCGUCUACGAGGGAGACAACUUCUUCGAUGCCAAAGCUCUAGCUAGCAAAGUAGUUGAGAUGCUCAAUCUUCCCAAAGCAGUCUUUGAGACACCUGCAAGUUGGCUUGGAGUCUACGGCGACAAGCCAAUUCCUCUGGCAAUGGAAGAUGGCCUCUACGGAUGA